CAUGACGCCUAUUAAUACAUCUUCAACGAAGAAGCAAUCAACAGUAUCAGCUGAUGAUUUCGAGGAUGAUUUUGUUGAAGAAGAAGUAUAUUCGGAUACCAAUCCGGUGGACGAAGAAGACAUGACGACGACGACGGGCAAACGCAAGGCAGAUCAGGAUACAAAGAAGAAGAAGAACAAGAAGAACAAAAAAAAGAAAUCAUCGCAGGAUCCUUAUCAUGGUAUCAAGAUCUGGACAGAAUCACCUAGUGUACAAGCCGAAUAUGUGAUGGAUCGGUUGAAACAGGCACUUCCUUCACUGACCCCCUUGGAAACCAUGGAAAUCACUCCCGAAGCCAUAGUCGAUAAUACCAAAUUCAAACAAGAACACACCAUGGAUGCUUUACCGAACUAUGUCAAAUUCGCCGUCAUGAGACACAAGAACCUCAAUAAGAAACCUACUGGAUUGGGAUCUCCCAUGGCCAUCAUAGUCACCCAUGCUGCCAUGCGAGCUGCCGAUCUUUCAAGAGGACUGAAAACAUUGGCUACUACGGCAAGGAUUGCUAAAUUGUUUGCUAAGCAUAUCAAGAUUCAAGAACAAGCCGAUCUAUUGAACAAUACCGCCAUCCAUUUGGCAGUUGGUACACCUCAACGAUUAUUGGCACUGAUAGAACAAGGGCAUUUGAAAUUGGAUCAAUUGGAGGUUUUGGUGAUGGAUACUGAUACGUCCAAAGGCAAUUACAAUCUGAUGGAACAACUGUCUGGACGAGAACCUUUAUUUACCUUGUUGAAUACCUAUAUUGCUCCUCGAAUGCAAGCUGGCACCUCCAAAUUGGCUCUUUUUUAGUUGUAUCAUAUAUUUUAUUUCAUUUAUCUCAUAUAUAGAAUAAACACAAUCAUUUUCUUUUUUUUUACUACUGACU